AUGCCUGGGGGCACAGUCCGACCCAGGACAAAUGCAGAUAAGGACAGAGAGAGUGGGCUUGGGAUUCGAACAUGCAACGAAACGAACAAUCUCAUGUAUAUGUCCACAAGCUUCGGCAUAGAUUCGUACUACCCACCUGCAGUCAAUCAGCCUUCUAACAGCGAGGAGUCCUUACACUCUCUGGAUGCAGCACCAGAACCCCCGCGGGAUAGUACACCGAACCAUAACUCGAGUCGCGAGUCAUCCUACUAUACAGCAUAUUCUCCAGAGACUGUAUUAAACAAUGCGCUGAGGGAAUUGGAACCUGUUUUUGAGCGCCACGACAGCAAAGCGGCUGCAUCUACUAGGAUGUCCACCCCAGAACUUCCAGCAAAUCUUCUUCAACCCAUUGAUAAAGAAGAGAAAUCGGCCAGACAUGAAGAUAUCGAGUUCCACCAAGCCGUCAAGAAUCAAUUGAACGCUAUGAAAAGUGAUAUAACCCGACUAGCAGAAGAACUAUCAGCCCAUAAACGCUCAGCCGCUGUUCAGCGAGCGGAUAUCCGGACUGAUAUCCGAUCUACGAAGAUAGAACAAACCAAUUCUGCAACAGAUCUUCAUAGUCUAUUGAGCAAAAUCACUGAAAAGGUCUCUAAGCUUGAGAAUCUCACUGCCGAAGCUGGCCAUGGCCGAAACAACAGUACAGUUGGUUCCUCCAUUCAAGCAUCAACCGACCCUAAUGGUAUAUCGGAUCAUAGCAAUGAACAAUCUUCAAAGACAGGCGAUACGCCCACUGGUACCAUAACCGAGAUCCAGCAGCAGAUCGCCGCUCUGCAGUAUAUGGACAGGGACAUCGAUCUGAAAUUAAAAAAAAUCCAACAGUCUCUCAGUACGAUCCAAGCAUGCUUCGAGGGACGCCUCCUGGAAAAGGAGAAAGACGUUAAUUACCCCAAAAGAAAGCACAUAAUCGAUACACUCGAUAUCGAUAAACUGAAGCGCAGACUGCCCACGCAGAACAGAAUCAAUACCAUACUAAUCGAUACAAUUAUAUCUAUGGAACAAAAAUUAGGCCAGUCUAGCUCACAGACCGCCCAACUACAGGCCUUGAACUAUCAACUCAAUCUACGAUAUGAGGAAUAA